ACUCAGUUUAAAGGCACUUGUAAGUUGUAACGAUUAUGAACUGUUAUCAAAUGCCUAAGAGCAGUAUCCUGAACGACAGCAAGAACACCAGGUACACCUGCUGACCUGCAGUAAUCAUCUGUUAGCUUUAUUCAGGAGAAAAACAUUAAUGUUGUAUCACAGACUAGCUAACUUUUUGGCGCAAUAUCCAACGAGGUCACAACAAAACCCCCAUGUUUGAACUGCCAAGAAAUAACACAUUUCUGCAUCCUUUUCACUACAAAGGUCAACGACAUGCUGGUAAAAGAUGUAGGAGACAUCAUCUUCCUUCCUUUCCCACAAGGCGUGAUCAAACAAGAAACUCACUUCCACAAAACCUUGGAUAACGAUUAGAUCAACCAUCUUUGCCUUAGUAAUAGAAGAACUGAAGAAGGCUUAUAAAAGGCUUAACUUGGUUGCAUCUCUUUUUCUUAUUUAAAAUUUUUUAGAGCACUAUUUUCAAUAGCAUUUCACAGAGUAUUUAAAUAUUAAAAAUCUUUAAAAAUGAAAAAAGAUAGUAAGAUACUUUCUUUUUAACAAAACUUUAAAAUACGAAAACUAUAAUAGCAUAUAUCGCUAUCUAAUUGAUUUAGAUUUUUCUUUUGACUAAACGAUUUUUUAUUAUUUUGAUUUCAUUAUUUUAUAUAUAUCUGAGAUAUUUAAAGGAAUAUUCCAAUAGAAUAUCUCAUUCAUUAAAGGUAUUUUGUAUUCCUAAAUCCUUUUUUUAUAACAUCAUUCCUAAAUCCCUUAUAUUAAACUAUAAAUGUCAGUAAAAAUCAAUCUUGCAUUUUCGAAUUUUUUUUAUAUAUUUAAAUGGUUUAUAGUUUUAUAGUCUAUAAUCUUAUGGAACCGUGCUAAUCUGUGUAUAACUCAACCGGUUAUGCGGCCUGAUUUCAACACUUCGACCGGGUUACAGAAAAUCAGUUUUUUUUUGUCAUAAACAAAAAAAAAAACACUUUGGAUCUGUAAAAGAAGAAAAAAAAACGAAAAAAAAAAAAACACUCUCCGUCUUGUCUCGAAAGAAGAGAGAGAGAGAGAUGAAGAAGUCGGCCGGAACCGAGAAGAAGAGGGUUAAACGAUCAUCCGAUGCUCCACCUAAGAAUGGUGUGACGAAGGAUUUGUUUCAGUUGUUUGCUGAGAAAGUUAGAGACAACAAGGGGCUGGAAUCAAGAUGGGCUGUUAUGGAGCAAGCGCGAGUUGAGUACUUCAGAGGGAAAGAUUUCGUGGGCUUCGUGAAGAAUCACCCUGAGUGUAAAGAGGUUCUUGAAGAAGAUAGUGACCUCGACGCUGAAGAUAUCGCUAAUGUGUUGUUGGGGAAGAACCUUUUGGUGAGAUGUGAUCGUGUUACUAAAACCCUUCGUCCAGGGAAGAAAAAGCUCUCUACUUGGCCUGCUCAUCUUGAGAUUUUCCGUGAUGAUCAAGCUUUCUCUGAGACUGAUGCGUUUUUUGCAUGGACGUUUGAGAAACGGCAUCCACUCUGGCAAACACUUUUGUCCUUCUUCUGGCCUGUAUUGACUCUCGCUAUCUGUUUGUUUCCUGUGUACCCACACCGUUGCAAACUCAUUGUUCUCUACUCGUGUGCUGGCAUUCUUUUGAUGAUUCUCUCUUUGCUUUUCGUGAGAGCAGUUGCUUUUGGUGCUAUGUGGAUUCUUUUUGGAAAGCGUGUCUGGUUCUUCCCCAACAUUCUUGCAGAGGAAGCCACAUUGAAGGAACUAUUCCGUUUCUGGCCAAAGAAAGACGAGGAAGAACCUCCCAAGUGGACGUCUCGGCUUUUCUACACGGUUGUAGCUGUUGUUGUUGUCAUGCUGCUCAGGCGCCACGCUCCUGAUGAGGCUGCUCGUGCCAGGUAUCAAAGAAGGAUGUCAAACAUCAUUGAUGACGUCCUUGAGUGGUCACCGAAGCUAGCACUCUCUGGUUUAAUGGAGAAUCAGCCACCUGUGAACAUCACAGAGGCGGCUAACAACUCCUCAGAUGCAGCAAGUUCAGACCAUACUGAAGAGGUUGACCUAGACGAAACUCAAGGCGAGGAGGAAGCUGAAGACUUGACCAACUCUGAUAUAAAAACAUAAAAAAGUAUAGAAAUGUUCAUUGUAGCAAUAAGUCAGCCUAUGUGACCAAGACUAGGUAAAGCCCUUACAAGAAAGUCUUUAAAGGUUUUGUAGUACUACAUUACUCCUUUUUUUUUCCAUUUUAGCACACUGGAAUUUAGUUAUUAAUCACAUAUUUUUGGAUUCAAAA